UCGCGUCGCGUCUCACUCUCCACCGCCAGGUCGAGCUCGAAGGAAAGAUCUUUUUCGGAGACCCAAGCGGAAACAAUGACCUCGCUGUCCUCCUCCGCCGCGGCGGCGCGCGCCGCCUUCGUCAUGCCGUCGUCGUCGCGGGCGCGACCGGGGCGCGGCGGUGGUGGCAGCAGCAGGAUGGCGAGGCUGGUGACGCGCGCGGCGGCGUCGAGCCCGAAGCUGCCCAGCGGGCGGAGGCUGCGGGUGGCGGUGGUGGGGGGCGGCCCCGCGGGCGGCGCGGCGGCGGAGGCGCUGGCCAAGGGCGGCGUGGAGACGGUGCUCAUCGAGCGGAAGCUGGACAACUGCAAGCCCUGCGGCGGGGCCAUCCCGCUGUGCAUGGUGUCGGAGUUCGACCUGCCGCUGGACCUCGUCGACAGGAAGGUGAGGAAGAUGAAGAUGAUUUCGCCGUCCAACGUCGCCGUCGACAUCGGCGGCACGCUCGCGCCGCACGAGUACAUUGGGAUGGUCCGCCGCGAGGUGCUCGACGACUACCUCCGCACCCGCGCCGAGGGAGCAGGCGCGCAGGUCGUCAAUGGCCUCUUCCUAAGGUAUGAGGCGCCCAAGGAACUCAACGGCUCGUACGUGGUGCACUACAACCACUACGACAGCUCCAACGGCAAGGCCGGCGGCGAGAAGCGGACGUUCGAGGUGGACGCGAUCGUGGGCGCGGACGGCGCCAACUCCCGCGUCGCCAAGGACAUGGGCGCCGGCGACUACGAGUACGCCAUCGCGUUCCAGGAGCGCGUCAGGAUCCCCGACGACAAGAUGAAGUACUACGAGGAGCGCGCCGAGAUGUACGUCGGCGACGACGUCUCGCCGGACUUCUACGGGUGGGUGUUCCCCAAGUGCGACCACGUCGCCGUCGGCACCGGCACCGUCACCCACAAGCCCGACAUCAAGAAGUUCCAGGCUGCCACGCGCCUCCGCGCCAAGGACAGGAUCGAGGGCGGCAAGAUCAUCCGCGUCGAGGCGCACCCGAUCCCCGAGCACCCGAGGCCUAAGAGGGUGGCGGGGAGGGUGACGCUGGUGGGCGACGCGGCGGGGUACGUGACCAAGUGCUCCGGCGAGGGCAUCUACUUCGCGGCGAAGAGCGGGCGGAUGUGCGCGGAGGCGAUCGUGGCCGGGUCGGCGAACGGGACGCGGAUGGUGGAGGAGAGCGACCUGCGCAAGUACCUCGCCGAGUUCGACCGGCUGUACUGGCCGACCUACAAGGUGCUCGACGUGCUCCAGAAGGUGUUCUACCGCUCCAACGCCGCCCGCGAGGCGUUCGUCGAGAUGUGCGCCGACGACUACGUCCAGAGGAUGACCUUCGACAGCUACCUCUACAAGCGCGUCGUGCCGGGCAACCCGCUCGACGACAUCAAGCUCGCCGUCAACACCAUCGGCAGCCUCGUCCGCGCCACCGCUCUCCGCCGCGAGAUGGAGAAGGUCACGUUGUGAGUGAGCCUGAGCUUGCCUGACCGCGCGAUCAAACACUUUGCUGCGAUUUCUUGAGGCCUUGGAAACUACCGCAGCGUGUGGUGGAUUGGUACGAAUGUAUAGUACAGAUUCGCGGCUGAUCGAUCAAACAGACUUGAACCAGCGUAAGUACGUAGAGACGGAGGAGAUUGAGAGGCUGUGUACCGAUGGGUCCUGACCGAAUUUCAUGUAGAACGUACGGUGAAUUGGUGAUGUUCAGACUUGGGAGCAGUUCGGUUGGAUACUCAGAUUACUGAAGCACACACCAAACUUCGGUGUGGGUGAAUGAAUUAAUGUACUACUGCUACUAGUACUAUAUAAGCUCCAUGUUUCUGCAUGGUUCAUGUU